CGCUUCAAAAUGGAAAAACAUGAAAGGGCAGGAGAAUUUUUCCGUAGCGUACUGACGGACGUGCUGGACGACCUUCUAGACCAGGUUCCCAGCUACCAGGUUCCUAGAUAUUUGAGCGCAGAAUUCAAAAGUGAUGAAGUCAAACAAUCACUAAGAAGCAUUUCUCAGGUGUACAAGAAGGGGUUAUCAAGUCCCUACAUUCGGUCUGACUGGGAUGAUGCAGCCAACCGUUGCGCUUAUGUGUUUCUGUACCUGAUGCACCACUGCAACAUCGUGUUCUCAUCUCUCCAAAGCAAUCUUUCCGAGAUCUCAGCAGAUUGGCGUUACAAAUACAACUUGAAGGUUUGCAGCAUCGGGGGCGGGCCUGGAUCGGACCUGCUUGGCCUGACCACCUUCCUUCGUCUGAACCAAAUGUUCCCGUCUGCGCUGAGGUGCCUGGUCCUGGAUCUGUACCCCAACUGGAAAGAAACCUGGGACAGAAUCCACACUUGCAUUCCCGGGGACUUCAAGGUUGCCUACCAGAAGUGUGACGUCGUCCGAGACACAACAGUUUCUACCGAAGUGCGGGACUUCAUCCGAGAGGCCGACAUGCUUACCCUCGUGAAGUCGUUCUCGGCUAUGUCUGCUUUCUUCAGAGCCUCCUACCAAAGUGGGGGCGAUUUCCUUCGCAAAAUUCUUCGCGAGCUGAAGCCGGGCUGCUUCGUGCUGUACAUCGAUAACAACAACGAUGGGGACAACCAGUUUCGGCGGGAGUUCGCGUUGCGAGUUGGUCUCGAAGUAGUGUACGAAUCCCGCGGUAUCAAAACCGUGCCAUCCGGUGCGUACUCGCCCACCAUCAGAAAGUACUGCCGCCUUCUUGACUUCAGUCCCAUGCGUAGCUGUGACGUCAACAUCCAGUUAUUCCGCAAGAAGUACCCGGCGAUACCCAGUCUGAAUAUCAACUACGAGUUUUACAGCUAUUCUCCACAUUCCUUUAAUAACCCGCCUUUGAUAUUUUCAUCCGCCAAAAGAUCUGCGAAAUUUCCCCAACGCACGCUAGCUAGAUUUCCCGAAACCACAAUCCUUCACCACCAACGUAGAAAAGCCAUGACACACCCUCGUGUUGCCCCAGAACCGUCAAGGGAUCCACGUGGCCCCAGCCCAUUUGAGGUUGUGCUGAUAGUAGGCGUUUUAGCUGCACUAUUUAUUGGUUCUCUUAUACGGAAUUACCUAAAGUAAGGCCAAAAAAUAUAUAUUCGGUCUCUGGUCAUACCAAAGUUCCGGAAUUGACGC